AUGGGUAAGGGCCCCCCUCGGGCGCGGGCCGUUGUCUGGGAAGGAGGGCGCCUCUUCUCUGGGACCUUCCCCCUGCAGAAGCCUUCUUUGGAUGCCUGGGACUUCUCCCCUUUGGUAGCUUUGUGGAUAAACCGGUUUUACAUCUAUCUGGGCUUUGUCUUUGGCAUCACCCUUUGGAUUUGUGUCCAGAUUGUGAUCAAGAAGCAGGACAAGAACUCACAGAAGAAAUCCUUUCCAAAAGUUCCUCGGGAUCUGGUGACAAAUGGUUCGCUGUCCCACCACACGCAGGACGUCUUUGUGUCCAGAGUGAAGAUUUUCUAUGGUUCGCAGACAGGCACAGCAAAGGGAUUUGCAGUCCUUCUUGCUGAAGCAGUUACUGCCCUCGGCCUGCCGGUGACAGUGAUCAAUUUGAAAGACUGUGAACCAGACGACCAUCUGCUGGAAGAGGCCACUGGUAGAAGCGUCUGUGCCUUCCUGGUCGCCACGUACACCGAUGGGCAGCCGCCCGAAAGCGCCGAGUGGUUCUGCAAGUGGUUGGAGGAGGCGGCCACUGACUUUCGAUUUGGUAGAACCUAUCUGAAGGGGAUGAGAUACGCGGUGUUUGGCCUGGGAAAUUCUGCCUACACGAACCACUUCAACAAGGUUGGCAAAAAUGUGGACAAGUGGCUUUGGCAGCUCGGUGCCCAUCGUGUGCUGGCCCGAGGGGAGGGGGACUGCGACGUGGUCAGGAGCAGGCAUGGCAGCAUCGAGGCCGACUUCGGUGCGUGGAGGACACGGCUCCUCGCCCGGCUCCAGGAGCUCCGGCGGGGGGAGAAGAAACCGGCCGACGGGGACUCCAAGAAGGGGCGCUGUGCUCCCGGCCAGCACUGCUCAGAGCAGCGGCAGGACUCACCCCCCAGAGGCACCGAGGUCAGUGGCCCUCCUCCUUCCUGCUCCCUGUCCUCGGUGGAGACAUUGAAUUUGACCUCUGAGGAGGCGCUGGAGAGCAGCAGUGAGGACGAGCGAGGCCUGGAUGCCGUCGUUGACGUUGAAGAUCUCGGCAGCAUCGUGGGCCGUGUGAAGAAGCGGAAGGGAGAAGAGGCGCAGUGGGCAGAGGAGAGUGGUGUGCUCCAGAGCUCCUGGAGGAAAGAAGGCAGCGAGCGAAGAGCCAUGAUAACGCCCGCGCUCCGGGAGGCUCUUACUAAACAAGGUGAGCGUCCUCACUCAUUCCAGCUCAACGCCGAGCAUUCUUCCUGUGAGCUCUGCUACUUUACUAAGUCCAUGCUCCGGGGGAGAGGAGGCUGCUACAAACACACGUUUUAUGGCAUCGAGAGCCAUCGCUGCAUGGAGACCACGCCGAGCUUGGCCUGCGCCAACAAGUGUGUCUUCUGCUGGCGGCACCACACCAAUCCGGUGGGCACUGAAUGGCGGUGGAAGAUGGACCAGCCGGAAAUGAUCUUGAAGGAAGCCAUUGAAAACCACCAGAACAUGAUUAAGCAGUUUAAAGGGGUGCCGGGCGUCAGAGCCGAGCGCUUCGAGGAGGGACUGCAGGUCAGACACUGCGCCCUGUCCCUCGUGGGAGAGCCCAUCAUGUACCCCGAGAUCAACAGCUUCCUGCAGCUCCUCCACCAGCAUGGGAUUUCCAGCUUCCUGGUCACCAACGCGCAGUUCCCCGCGGAGAUCAGGAAUCUCAAACCAGUUACCCAGCUCUACGUUAGUGUGGAUGCCAGCACCAAAGACAGUCUGAAGAAGAUCGACCGGCCACUCUUCAAGGAUUUCUGGCAAAGAUUUCUCGACAGUUUGAAAGCUUUGGCAGACAAGCAACAACGGACGGUCUAUAGGCUGACGCUGGUGAAGGCGUGGAAUGUGGAUGAGCUCCAGGCCUAUGUCCAGCUGGUGUCCCUCGGCAAGCCAGACUUCAUUGAGGUCAAGGGCGUGACCUAUUGUGGAGAGAGUUCAGCCAGCAGCCUGACCAUGGCCAACGUGCCCUGGCACGAGGAGGUGGUGCGCUUUGUGCGUGAGCUGGUGGACUUGCUCCCGGACUAUGCCAUCGCGUGUGAGCACGAGCACUCCAACUGCCUCCUGAUCGCGCACACGAAGUUUAAGAUCGGUAGAGAAUGGUGGACUUGGAUCGAUUACGGCCGCUUCCAGGAGCUCAUCCAAGAAUAUGAAGAUAGUGGCGGAUCAAAAACUUUCAGCGCCGAGGAUUACAUGGCCAGAACGCCGCAGUGGGCACUGUUUGGUGCCCAGGAAAGAGGCUUUGAUCCCAAGGACUCGAGAUAUCAGAGAAAGAACAGAUCAAAGGAUAUUUCUGGAUGUUGA